AUGUCGUUUCGUCGCCUUCUCACCUUUACCCUCAGACAAUGCCCGCCUCUCUCCUCCCGCCACGUCAUCCUCCCGUCUCUCUAUCACCGCCUCCUCUCCUCCUCCGCCCGAAACCCUCCGGACUCAUUCCGGACCCGAACCCCGCUGGAGAAGCAAUUCGAAACAUGGAUCCACAAACUCAAACCCGGCUUCGGCCCACCCGACGUCGACGAGGCCCUCAAGGCCCAAUCGGACCCCGAUCUCGCCCUCGACAUUUUCCGGUGGACCGCCCAGCAGCGCAACUACAAGCACAGCCACUCCACCUACCUCACCAUGAUCAAGAUCCUCAUCGACGGCCGCCGCUACCGCCACGCCGAAACGCUUCUCGAAGAGGUAGUCGCCGGAGCUUGUGAGAUUAGUGUCCCUCUUUAUAACUCCAUUAUUCGAUUCUGUUGUGGUAGGAAGAUGCUUUUCAAUCGGGCUUUUGAUGUGUACAAGAAAAUGUUGAAUUCCGAGAGUUGUAAGCCCACAUUGGAGACAUAUGCGUUGCUGCUUAAUUCUUUGCUUAGGAGGUUUAAUAACAAGACUGUUUGUUAUGUGUAUUUGCGGUCGGUGAGAUCGUUGUCCAAGCAAAUGAAGGCCUCCGGUGUGAUUCCGGAUACUUUCGUGUUGAAUAUGAUCAUUAAGGCUUAUUCCAAGUGUUUGGAAGUUGAUGAGGCGCUGCAGCUGUUUCGGGAAAUGGGGUUGUAUGGAUGCGAGCCCAAUGCUUAUACUUAUGGCUACAUUGCUAAGGGGUUGUGUGAGAAGGGGAGGGUAGGUCAGGGUUUAGGGUUUUACAAGGAAAUGAGGGGAAAGGGGUUGGUGCCCAGCAGUAGUACUUUUAUGGUUGUGAUUUGCAGUCUUGCUUUGGAGCGGAGAUAUGAGGAUGCGAGUGAUGUUGUGUUUGAUAUGUUGAGUAAUUCUGUAUCUCCUGAUUUGUUGACUUAUAAAACGUUAUUGGAAGGGUUGUGCCGGGAUGGAAAAGGUGAGGAGGCAUUUGAUUUGCUGGAGAAUUUCAGGAGCAGGGAUAGAGCCAUGAAUGAAAGGACAUACAAGACAUUGUUAAAUGCUUUGCAUUUUAUAAAUAAGGAGUAAUUGACUACAUGUCCUCCGAUUUCAGUUCAAGAGUUGUAUUAAAUAUCCUUGGUUGGAUUCAUAUUGGUAUUUGAUAUGUCUAUCUUAACUUGAGAGAAUCCCAGUUUUGAUUAUAUGGUAAUGCUGGGUGGGUAUUGUAAUGUGAAUAUGCCACAAUGUUUGAAUGAUGCAUCAGCAAGUAGUGCUGCUUUGCUUUUGGUGGCUCUCUCUAAAUCCCUUAGUGAUGACAAGUUGGGAUUACUCAGGCUUCUACUAAUUUUCAAUCUUCAGUGAAACUUGAAUCGAGGUAUACAUCAAAAGACAGACAACAGUCCCAGUUUUGGAUACAUUUAGAUUGUAGUGGACAACAUAGUUUCUGCUUGAG